AUGGCUGAGUCAUAUACAAUACCAAAUAUCGAUGAACUGAGUGAUGGUUGCAUGAAGUCAAUCUCCAGUCUGUCGAUAACAUCUAGGAAUCUUCAUCUCCCAGAACAGUGUGUUUCAGUUGAAUACUUACCAGACCAUCAGAAACUGAAGAUUUCAGCUGCACUGGGAAUGUCAUGGAGUCCAACGAUCCCCAGCCUCUGCCAGACCCACCCCACUCUCUACUCCAGGUUCUGGAAGGUUGCGUCGAUGUCCUACACCGAGAUCAAGUCACUUGUGAAGAAUAUAAACACGACCACUGCUCGAAAGAUCCGUGAAGUAGUCGACGGUCUUGAAAUGAUCACACCUUCCUCCGAGAGACCUACAUGGGAGACGACAGAAGCAGAUUCAGAUGAAACGUUUUGUAAACUAAGCAAAGUUUUACAGUUUAACUGUGAGUCUGUGACGUUAGAGAUUUUGCCAUAUACUCUUCGUAUGAUUGCUGCUCUUAACCUUCACUCUGUUGGUGGUUAUCCUCUUGGAGCUUGGGUUCGUGCUUAUGCAUUAGGCAUUGGGAUCUAUCCUUCUCUAGGAAGUGCGUUUAAGACAGAAGCUGUUUGUACUACUAAGUUGCCUUCAACGUAUGAUGAAGCCGAUGUUCUAGCGUUUCAACAGAGCUACAAAGAGGUUAUUGAGAACCUAUGUCUCAAUAUCUUGGCGGUCUUUGGUUUACUUCACUUGAGCAAGGACAAGACUUACGUUAAUGGAGAUGCGUAUAUGAGUCGCAUUUGUAACUCUUACUUGGAAACACUCAAGACUCCUGAUACUGCGAGUAUGAUGUUGACAAAUCACAAAGAGUGUCUUCUACGUAUUGCCCCACAUCCUUUUGGUAUUGCACAAACGUAUUGGCUUGCAAAAGUUAUGUAUAAGCAUCAGCUUAUAAUGCCUUCUCUAGUUACUCGUUACAACCUCCCAACUCCACCUCCGGUUCAGAGGAUAAUAGUGAUAAAUGAAGCUGUUAGAGAGUGGGAGAAUCUACCAGAAGCGAGAGAAGUGUUGGAAAUGUUUAGUGAUAAUCUUUCUCGUUUGAAGACGCAAGAGCUUGCCAUUAAGGAAGCUCCUCCAAGGUACUCAGAUUUGUAUCGAUUCUAUGGAUGUGAAGAGAAGAUUACGAUGCCAGAUAAAGUUUUGGCUGAUGUGAAAACAUUGAUGCCAGCUACCUACGGUUUUGCAAUGGUUGCACAUGUGAGUAAGGACGGUAAGAAGAAGGAUGGUAUCGCUUUAGCUCGCUGUCUGAAGAGUGUAGAACGUGAUACGAAUCAAGAACUCAAGAUCAAUGUAUGGUUGUUAGAAUCAAGAUUAGUAGAAAAAAAGAUGGCUAGAUCUCUCAAGAAAUCGGUAAAGUUGAGUUUAAAACAUGUCAAGAUCCGUUCUACAACAUCCACUUUCAAACCUCGUUCUCGUUCCAUAGAGAGGGACCAAAGAAUCGAGUUUCUUGGAGGAGAUAAUGUCGUUGUUGAUGGUGACAGUAGUAGCGAGUAUGAAGAAUUUGAAGAGGAGGUUGUAGAAGAAGAAGAAGAACAACAACAACAAGAUGAUGGAAAAAGCGUUGUAAGCGGUGGAAACAAAGCUAAACGCGAAGUGGAGAUAGAAGAGAUACAAGAAGAAACGGUGGAAGCGGCUGACGAGGAGAUAACUGAGGCAGGAAAUAGAGUGAUGGUGGUGGUGGAUAAAGUGGUUGCUUCAACUGGUGCUCUUGAAUGGGCUUUGAAACACACAUUACAAUCACAUGACUAUCUUUUCCUCUUAUAUUUCUCCAAACCUUUUAGAAAAGGCAAAAAGAAGAACCGGAAACGUGAAGUAAAGACAGACGAACUAGUCCAUACUCUAAAGAAACUCUGCCAAACAAAGCGACCUGGGAUAGAGGUAGAGAUAAGAAGACUAGAAGGAAAAGAGAAAGAGAGAGGAGAAAAGAUAGUGGAAGAAGCUAAAGAACAACAAGUGACCCUCUUAGUGGUUGGAGAAGAGAAGAAACCGCCGGUUUGGAGAGUAGUGAAGCGUUGGGGAUGGAAGAAACGGCGUGGCCGAGCUGGAGUUCUCAAAUAUUGCUUAGAGAAAGCUUCAUGUAUGACCAUUGCUGUUAAACCAAAGAACCGUAAGCUUGGUGGUUACUUGAUCACUACCAAACGUCACAAGAACUUUUGGCUCUUGGCUUGA